AUGCUCUACAACAAACGUUCAUGUCACCAGUUCCCGACCUCAUCACGUUAUGACGUCUUUCUUCUCCUAUUCUACACAUACUUCAAACUGCCGCCCUCUAACAGUGUUCUACACCACUAUGACCAUGUCCCCAUCAAAUCGAACUACAAAUGCCAUUGUACGAUUUUCGGCCAGAUCCUUUAUGUCCACCGAUCCAGCCUAAUCGGAACGGGAUGUACGGUGACCCACAUUGUUCCUGUCGCCAUUUACGAUUCACCAGCGCUUCGAACGACGUUUGACGACUUCAACGUCCGGCCGUGGCUCACGCUCGACACAGAUUACAACGACUGGGUUGAAGGACAAGACUAUGACGUAUACUCACAUUUUACGUCUGAUGACAACGUGCCUAUCGGCGUUCGAUACAUCAUCCUACAUGAGCCUCAGGACACAACAGCCUCACCCGCGAACGAAUACAUUCACGCUUUAAUGGACAACAACAUCGACGCCAUGCCGUGGUUGGGCAAUCUCCUAAUUUUUAAAACAGACUGGGGGAUGGAAGUCACCAAUAUUGAAGAUGAAGACUUGCCCCUCAUCAAACGGCUCGCAACUCUCCACGUCCUGAAGGGACGAACACCGUAG